CAUGUGGGCCCUUAGCUUGAGUUACUCCAUAUUGCUUUGUUCCUCUUACUGCACAUGUGUUAGUGGACAGACUUUUCCAUUGCAGGCAUGUCUGGAAGGGGCCCUGAGUAAUUCACUCAUUCAGCUGAACAACAAUGGCUAUGAAGGCAUUGUCGUUGCAAUCGACCCCAAUGUGCCAGAAGAUGAAACACUCAUUCAACAAAUAAAGGACAUGGUGACCCAGGCAUCUCCGUAUCUGUUUGAAGCUACAGGAAAACGAUUUUAUUUCAAAAAUGUUGCCAUUUUGAUUCCUGAAACAUGGAAGACAAAGGCUGACUAUGUGAGACCAAAACUUGAGACCUACAAAAAUGCUGAUGUUCUGGUUGCUGAGUCUACUCCUCCAGGUAAUGAUGAACCCUACACUGAGCAGAUGGGCAACUGUGGAGAGAAGGGUGAAAGGAUCCACCUCACUCCUGAUUUCAUAGCAGGAAAAAAGUUAGGUGAAUAUGGACCACAAGGUAGGGCAUUUGUCCAUGAGUGGGCUCAUCUACGAUGGGGAGUAUUUGACGAGUACAAUAAUGAUGAGAAAUUUUAUUUAUCCAAUGGAAGAAUCCAAGCAGUAAGAUGUUCAGCAGGUAUUACUGGUACAAAUGUAGUAAAGAAGUGUCAGGGAGGCAGCUGUUACACCAAAAGAUGCACAUUCAAUAAAGUAACAGGACUCUAUGAAAAAGGAUGUGAGUUUGUACUCCAAUCCCGCCAGACGGAGAAGGCUUCCAUAAUGUUUGCACAACAUGUUGAUUCUAUAGUUGAAUUCUGUACAGAACAAAACCACAACAAAGAAGCUCCAAACAAGCAAAAUCAAAAAUGCAAUCUCCGAAGCACAUGGGAAGUGAUCCGUGAUUCUGAGGACUUUAAGAAAACCACUCCUAUGACAACACAGCCACCAAAUCCCACCUUCUCAUUGCUGCAGAUUGGACAAAGAAUUGUGUGUUUAGUCCUUGACAAAUCUGGAAGCAUGGCGACUGGUAAGCGCCUCAAUCGACUGAAUCAAGCAGGCCAGCUUUUCCUGCUGCAGACAGUUGAGCUGGGCUCCUGGGUUGGGAUGGUGACAUUUGACAGUGCUGCCCAUGUACAAAGUGAACUCAUACAGAUAAACAGUGGCAGUGACAGGGACACACUCGCCAAAAGAUUACCUGCAGCAGCUUCAGGAGGGACGUCCAUCUGCAGCGGGCUUCAAUCGGCAUUUACUGUGAUUAGGAAGAAAUAUCCAACCGAUGGAUCUGAAAUCGUGCUGCUGACGGAUGGGGAAGACAACACUAUAAGUGGGUGCUUUAACGAGGUCAAACAAAGUGGUGCCAUCAUCCACACAGUCGCUUUGGGGCCCUCUGCAGCUCAAGAACUAGAGGAGCUGUCCAAAAUGACAGGAGGUUUACAGACAUAUGCUUCAGAUCAAGUUCAGAACAAUGGCCUCAUUGAUGCUUUUGGGGCCCUUUCAUCAGGAAAUGGAGCUGUCUCUCAGCGCUCCAUCCAGCUUGAGAGUAAGGGAUUAACCCUCCAGAACAGCCAGUGGAUGAAUGGCACAGUGAUCGUGGACAGCACCGUGGGAAAGGACACUUUGUUUCUUAUCACCUGGACAACGCAGCCUCCCCAAAUCCUUCUCUGGGAUCCCAGUGGACAGAAGCAAGGUGGCUUUGUAGUGGACAAAAACACCAAAAUGGCCUACCUCCAAAUCCAAGGCAUUGCUAAGGUUGGCAUUUGGAAAUACAGUCUGCAAGCAAGCUCACAAACCUUGACUCUGACUGUCACGUCCCGUGCGUCCAAUGCUACCCUGCCUCCAAUUACAGUGACUUCCAAAACGAACAAGGACACCAGCAAAUUCCCCAGCCCUCUGAUAAUUUAUGCAAAUAUUCGCCAAGGAGCCUCCCCAAUUCUCAGGGCCAGUGUCACAGCCCUGAUUGAAUCAGUGAAUGGAAAAACAGUUACCUUGGAACUACUGGAUAAUGGAGCAGGUGCUGAUGCUACUAAGGAUGACGGUGUCUACUCAAGGUAUUUCACAACUUAUGACACGAAUGGUAGAUACAGUGUAAAAGUGCGGGCUCUGGGAGGAGUUAACGCAGCCAGACAGAGAGUGAUACCCCAGCAGAGUGGAGCACUGUACAUACCUGGCUGGAUUGAGAAUGAUGAAAUACAAUGGAAUCCACCAAGACCUGAAAUUAAUAAGGAUGAUGUUCAACACAAGCAAGUGUGUUUCAGCAGAACAUCCUCGGGAGGCUCAUUUGUGGCUUCUGAUGUCCCAAAUGCUCCCAUACCUGAUCUCUUCCCACCUGGCCAAAUCACCGACCUGAAGGCGGAAAUUCACGGGGGCAGUCUCAUUAAUCUGACUUGGACAGCUCCUGGGGAUGAUUAUGACCAUGGAACAGCUCACAAGUAUAUCAUUCGAAUAAGUACAAGUAUUCUUGAUCUCAGAGACAAGUUCAAUGAAUCUCUUCAAGUGAAUACUACUGCUCUCAUCCCAAAGGAAGCCAACUCUGAGGAAGUCUUUUUGUUUAAACCAGAAAACAUUACUUUUGAAAAUGGCACAGAUCUUUUCAUUGCUAUUCAGGCUGUUGAUAAGGUCGAUCUGAAAUCAGAAAUAUCCAACAUUGCACGAGUAUCUCUGUUUAUUCCUCCACAGACUCCGCCAGAGACACCUAGUCCUGAUGAAACGUCUGCUCCUUGUCCUAAUAUUCACAUCAACAGCACCAUUCCUGGCAUUCACAUUUUAAAAAUUAUGUGGAAGUGGAUAGGAGAACUGCAGCUGUCAAUAGCCUAGGGCUGAAUUUUUGUGAGAUAAAUAAAAUAAAUCAUUCAUCCUUUUUUUUUGAUUAUAAAAUUUUCUAAAAUGUAUUUUAGACUUCCUGUAGGGGGCGAUAUACCAAAUGUAUAUAGUACAUUUAUACUAAAUGUAUUCCUGUAGGGGGCGAUAUACUAAAUGUAUUUUAGACUUCCUGUAGGGGGCGAUAAAAUAAAAUGCUAAACAACUGGGUAUACAUGCAUCAAAACUAUCCAUUCAAAUCCAAAAAUUUAAUAAUCAUUGAGUUUUUUAUUAAUGAAUUUGAAUACUAGAAAGAAACAGGGCUUGCAUCAAUAAAUGGAAGUAUGUUUUUAUUUGUUUUAAGGAGCUUUGCCAGUUACAAACAACAUGCAAUUGUAGAAAUCUAACAGAGUUGCUAAAAGUUGUUUGAUUUCUUUUGGUGAAGAAAAGCCAAUCUAAAUUAUUUAAAUAUAAAAGACACGACUUGUUUUAUAGGAGUUUUGGACCAGCAUCACUAGGAAUAUGUCUUAUUUUCUCUAAAUUUGAGCAAUGAUGGUGCAUUUAAGGAAGAAAUGGCAUUGAAGAAAGAAAGAACAGCACAAUGAAAAUUCCCUAGGCACAGAAAUGAACGUUAUGUGCAUGAAAUUACAAGAGUUAGUGAUGCUUUAAGCCAUGGCAGUGGGGAUAAGGUGGGAAAGGUAGCUUCAGGCCAGGUGUGAAGGGAAAGUGAUUGAGAAAUAAACAUUUAUUGUGUACUUUGUCCAAGGGCCCAACUAA